AUGAGCCCUCCACCGCAGAACGUCCAGCAACGGACCUUUACGGCAGCUGUAAGAUAUUUGCAGAACGACACUCAAUUACUUCCCCGAUAUUUGCGGAAGUCAUACUUCUUGUCUCAUGAUCCAUUGGCGUCUAGCAAGCUUGGAAUUAAAUGUUUGUCGUGGUCACGAACUGGUUCCCCUACCCAGCAAGCCUGUGCGUUCUUCAGUUCGAAAGCCCCUACAACACAUACAACUUCACAUAAUGAAGCAAUUUCAACACCGCAAAGUAUUACAGAGACUGUGGAAGAGCUUCCUCAUCGACGGAGGCAACGGCUAAGGGCACAGGGCGGAGCCAAUGCCUCGGAGCAAGAACUACGACCCGAUGCAUCCUCACAACUCUCGACGCUUUCUUCGUCAUUGCCCAAAUCUUCCCUAAAAGGCAAACUAGCAGCAUUUCUUGCUCUUACCAAGCCACGGCUAUCCUUCUUAAUUGUUCUUACAGCUACUACGGCAUACGGUCUCUACCCAGUUCCUUCGAUAUUACAUCUUGAUCCAUCGGUCACUCCUCUACCGACUUUAUCUACUUCGACCUUGACGUUUUGUUACCUGACCGUGGGAACAUUCCUAUCAAGCGCAUGUGCAAACACGAUAAACAUGCUCCUUGAGCCGAAAUAUGAUGCUCUGAUGACUCGGACACGCAACCGGCCUUUGGUUCGAAAACUCAUGUCUACCCGUGCAGCCGUUCUCUUUGCUGUUGGAACUGCAGCUGCCGGGCUCAGUGCUCUGUAUUUCGGUACAAAUUCCACCGUGGCCGGUCUUUCAGCCGCCAAUAUAGUUCUAUACGGCUUUAUAUAUACUCCAUUGAAACGAAUUUCCGUUAUCAACACCUGGGUUGGGGCUGUGGUGGGUGGGAUCCCUCCUCUGAUGGGUUGGGCGGCUGCGGCUGGUCAAACAGCAAUAACUGGCCAUGAUACUUGGAGGGACCUCUUGUUUGGGCCAGACAGUGCCGGGGGCUGGCUCCUUGCCGGCCUUCUCUUUGCAUGGCAAUUUCCGCACUUUAAUGCCUUGUCCCAUCUAAUUCGAGAUGAAUACAAGAAUGCCGGAUAUAAAAUGCUUGCAUGGACCAAUCCAGCACGAAACGGUCGCGUUGCUCUACGUUACUCUCUCUUAAUGUUCCCUCUAUGUGCUGGCUUGUGGUGGGCUGGAGUAGUCGAUAAGGGAUUUUUAGUUGGUGGCGUGCUCAUCAAUUCCUGGCUCACGAAGGAAGCCUAUCGGUUCUGGAAAUUCGAAGGAGCUAAGGGCACUGCACGGGGCCUGUUUUGGGCGAGCGUGUGGCACCUACCCCUAUUAAUGGUAGGUACUCUAGCAGCCAAAAAGGGGAUUUGGGAUGGAGUUUGGAGCAGAGCCAUGGGUUAUUCGGAGGAUGAUGAAGAUUUGGACUCGGAGGAAGCUGAAGAGACGGCUAGUGUACGUCCUUCAUUGCCAACAUCACAAGCUCAAACUUCAUAA